AUGUGUAUACGAGAGAAAACAGGUAUACCACCAGGUCCUCCAUUUUUACCAAUCCUCGGCAACAUAUUAGAUCUCGGUCGACAUAGACGUAACAAACAUCUUUAUUUUACUGAACUGAGAGAGAAAUAUGGGCCAGUUUUCAGGCUGUAUUUUGGAUCAAAGUUGAUGAUAGUUCUCAAUGACGUCGACGCUGUAGACGAGGCGUUUGUUAAACAGAAGGAUAUUUUAAGCAAGAGACCUUCAGAAUCUUUGUGGGGAAUCAAACAAUCUAUAAAGGAAGGAGCAGGUGUGAUAUGGGCCAAUGAUUCGGAAUGGAGAUCACAUAGACGUAUGGCCAUACAGACUCUACGGGAUUUGGGAGUUGGGAAAUUGGCCAUUGAAGAACGGAUACAAGAAGAGGCAGAAUUUCUCAUGGACAGGUUUAAAAAUAACGAGCCGUUUGAUAUUGGGGAGAUUCUAAUAAAGGCUACUACUAAUAUUAUCAGUAUCGUUGUGUUUGGAUCGCGCUGGGAUUAUGAUGAUACAGAAAUGAAGAAAAUUGUUAGUGUAGUAGAAUCGGCGUUUCAGAGUGAAGGUCCAUUGUCACCUCUUCACGAAUUUCCUUUCUUGAGAUUUAUACCCGUUCUCUCCACGCGAUUGACUGUUAUACGCCAGGCUAUUAUAAACAUAAAGCAACUUGUUAAAGAAAGGGUCAACGUUCACCAAGAAACAUACUCCCCUGGAGUCAUUCGUGAUUUCAUUGAUGCUGUGUUUACGCAACUCGGUAAGAAUCCUGAAAGUGACCCGGGUGGUUUGGAGAGGACUAUUGUGGACUUUUUCUUUGCGGGUUCAGAUACCACUGCCAGUACCCUUUCCUGGGCGUUUCUUUACAUGAUCCUUAACCCAGAUGUCCAGUCAAAAUGUCAAAAAGAAAUCGACGAAGUUGUGGGACAAAAUCGGAAGAUCAAUAUGUCAGAUCGACAGAAUCUCCCGUACGUUGAGGCAACGUUAUUGGAAGCUCAGAGACUUGGGAGUAUUGCUCCUUUUGCCCUCCCACAUACACCACUGAAAGACACCAUGGUGAAGGGGUACCUUGUUCCAGCCGGUAGUUUGGUUUUAGGUCAUAUUUACGCUUGCCAUCGAGACCCUAAAGUAUGGACCGAACCUUUGAAAUUCAACCCAGAUCGAUUCUUAGAUGAAGAUGGCAACCUUGUCAAGCAUCCUGCAUCCUUCAUGCCGUUUUCAGUUGGUCCCAGAUCCUGCCCUGGUGAUAUUCUGGCUAAAAUGGAGUUAUUCCUCUUCUUUACGUCUAUAAUACAGAGAUACCGACUGAGUAAAGUUGAUGAAAAUGAUGAUCUGAAUACAGAUGGCUUGUCGGGAAUAACUAUGUCUCCUGCUCCGUUUAAACUUCGUGCAAAUAUCAGACAGUGA